ACUUGUCCAUGGCCCGCCUGCUGACUCCAGACUACAGUACAAACCGGAGGCAUCAAAAGCCCGGAGGUAGAUUCUGGUUGUCUUUUUCGGUCUUCCUUCAAUUCGUAGUUUUGGAUUGAGGGGCAGGAAGGCGGCAGGAGAAAGCUCGCCCCCCGUAUUCGUGGCCUCAAUCCGCGAUCAAGUUGGUAUUUGGAGCGGACUUCAAAAUGACUGACAGCCAUGAAACUGAUAAAAAUAUUGAGAUAUGGAAGGUCAAAAAGUUAAUUAAAGCACUAGAAUCCGCAAGAGGUAAUGGAACGAGCAUGAUAUCUCUUAUUAUGCCUCCUCGUGAUCAGAUUUCUCGUGUCACCAAAAUGCUCGGCGAUGAAUAUGGAACUGCUUCGAACAUCAAAAGUAGAGUCAACCGACAGUCCGUGUUAGCUGCCAUUACUUCAGCUCAGCAAAGGCUGAAACUUUACAGUAAGGUACCUCCCAAUGGACUCGUUCUCUAUACUGGCACAAUUGUCACCGAAGAUGGUAAAGAGAAAAAAGUUACAAUAGAUUUUGAGCCUUUCAAGCCCAUCAAUGCCUCUCUUUAUCUUUGUGACAACAAGUUCCACACAGAGGCUCUCAAUGAACUUUUGGAAUCGGAUGACAAAUUUGGUUUCAUAGUUAUGGAUGGAAAUGGAACUCUGUUUGGAACAUUAAGCGGUAAUACUCGCGAAGUGCUCCAUAAAUUUACUGUCGAUCUCCCAAAGAAGCACGGAAGAGGCGGACAAUCCGCGUUGCGUUUCGCUAGGCUUCGUAUGGAGAAGCGUCACAAUUAUGUGCGAAAGACAGCUGAACUCGCCACCCAAUUUUUCAUUAAUCCCGCUACGAGUCAGCCAAAUGUGGCUGGUUUGAUUUUGGCUGGCUCUGCUGAUUUUAAAACAGAGUUGAGCCAGUCUGACAUGUUUGAUCCCCGUCUUCAAGCUAAGAUUCUCAAUGUUGUUGAUGUGUCUUAUGGAGGGGAGAAUGGUUUCAACCAGGCGAUUGAGUUAUCAGCUGAGAUCCUAUCUAAUGUAAAGUUCAUACAAGAGAAAAAACUCAUAGGAAAGUACUUUGAGGAAAUUAGCCAAGAUACAGGAAAGUAUGUUUUUGGUGUGGAUGACACACUCAAGGCUCUGGAGAUGGGUGCUGUUGAGACCCUCAUUGUGUGGGAAAAUUUGGAGGUUAACAGAUAUAUCCUCAAAAACAGUGUUAACAAUGAAAUCAUUAUCAAACAUUUGAAUAAGGAGCAAGAUAUUGAUCAAAGCAACUUUCGCGAUGCUGAUACCAAUGCUGAAUUAGAGGUUCAGGAGAAGAUUUCUCUGUUAGAAUGGUUCGCUAAUGAAUAUAAACGUUUCGGCUGCAGCCUCGAGUUUGUCACGAACAAAUCUCAGGAGGGCUCUCAAUUCUGCAGAGGAUUCGGCGGAAUCGGUGGCAUUCUUCGCUAUCAGCUCGACAUGAGGUCGUUUGAUGAGUUGUCAGAUGGAGAGGUAUAUGAAGAUUCUGAUUAAAUAUAUUGGUGGGUUCUCAGAGGAUGUCGAGGCCGGCAGGUUGACAAAUGGUUCUCAGUGAGUUUUUAUUAAAUUUUUGCAUCAGCUGUGUGCAACUUCUUCAUAACCUCAAGAAUCAGGGUAUAAUUAUGAAGUAAUUUAUGAAUUUUGAAUUUGGUUAAACGAGGCAUGCAUUUCAUUGACAAAUAACUAUUUAUCAUUUUUAAAUAUGACUGUAUUGUUGAUUGAUUUGUCAAAAUAGACUGUUGAGCUUCAUGUUGCAGUUUUGGAGAGAUCCUCUGUCUUAAGAACU